GGGGCGCGGGUGCCGGGUCUGACCGUGGAGGAGGCCGCCGCCCUCAGACCGGGCCCAAAGCGCAGCCCCCGGCGGUGACGCGGGAGGGGCCGGGGUCUCCGUUCCCGCGAACUCCGCGAGGUCCCGGACCGGCCCAGCGUCCCCACCUGCCCUUGCCUGGGCCCGCCCAGGUCCCGGGGCGCCUUCCUCGCGGGCUGCGGCCGCGGAAGCAGGGAGCACGGGCGGGCGCCGGGCUGGCCACCAUCGCCAUCUUGCAGCGCCCGCGUCCUGGGCCGGCCCGGGCCGCUGCGCGGAGCCUCUCUCUCCCUCGACCCGGCUGCAAAGGCAGAGUCCGUACGCCUGAGCCCCGGGCCGAGACUGGAGCGUUCUCUGGCGGCCUCCAAGGGCGCCAGUGUCUGGAAGCCCGGCCUGGGCCAGAUCCCUUUUGCUGUCGUCUCCGUGAUUGCCGGGACAGAAUUCCCUUCCAGUGGGGAAAAGGGAAGGCGGUCGCGCCCUUCCCGGUGCCCUGAGUGGGGAGGUGAAACCCUGAGAGUUGGGGCAAGAGGGCCCGGAGCUAGGGCCGAGGCGGCGGGUGCGCGGGGUGCUCCGUUGAGCCCGAGCCCCCCCUCCCCCCUCCCCGGCCUCUCCACCGUUUCUGUAGGAGCGCGGCAGGGAGCACACGUCCCUUGGGAAGAAAACGGCGCUGGCGGCUGGGCCCGCACCGCGGCCGUCCUCGCUGAGCUCCUAGCGCGUGGCCUUUGCGCGUCUGUGUACCCCUCUGCAGCUUGGGGCAGGGUUGGGGCAGAACCGUGGGGUAACUAUUUGCCGUUGCAGCUGAGGAUGACAGCUGCGGUUUGGGGGUCCCCCUUUCUGUGUCCUGGAACUUUGUAGGGCGUGGCUCUGCCCUGGGCCUCAGCACCCGGCCUCCCAGGUCUCGCCUGCCUGCCCAGGCCUGGCCACCUCCCUCUGGGGUCUGGGUUUGGCUCCUGGUUGGCGCUGUCGGCUCCGCAGACGCCUUUUGCUCUCUGUGAUUCUGUUGCCCAUCUUUGAGCACCUGCUUCCAUGCAGGCGUUCUCUGCAGAGCUCUGGGAGGGACACGCACUGGGGGUGGCAUCUGGUCACUCCUGGGGGUGCCUCGUCCGCCUGCCCGGCCAUUUUUGGGGUGUCUGCCGUGUCCCCAACAUGCACUUCUUCCUGUCAGCCUUGACCAGGGCAGCUGUUAGUUCUGAGAGGUGGGCGUGUGGUUGGGGAUGUCAGCGAGUAGGAUCUUCCCUUUUAUGCGCUUGUCAUUAACCUGAGAACGUGGCAGUGGGGGAGGAGAGGCUUGGCCCGGGGUGCACAGGACUGUGGGCUGGUCCUGUCCCUCUGAUGAGUGGGACGAGCCUUGGUCCAGUCUUGUGGGCUUGGCGCAGAGCCGACCCCCCGCCAUGUCCUGGUGGGAUUGGAAGUGCUGGCUGGUCCUGUCUGCCUCCCCCAGGGGCUGGGAGCCCCCCACUCUUUGGACAUUUGUAGUGUAAGGUUCCAUUAUCCAGCAGACAGCCACUGUUAACCGUCACUCUUAAUAAAUUUUUUCUGGAGGAACCCUGGACAGAAGUAGUCAUGCUCUCCAGGAAACGGGCCCCAGGCUCGAGAGGCCCAGUCUCUUCCCUCGGGGCUUAGAGGUGGCCGUCAAGCCACACCUGGUUCCCCACCAGCCUGGCAGUUUUUCUGAUUUUUCUCCUCUGACUGUCACUUGCCCUCUCAACUUCCUGUGGCCAGUGCCCCCAGAAUGUGACCUGGUCUAAGCUGACGGUGGUGUCGCUGAGCCAAGAGGCGUGUGGCUGGCACCACCAGUGUUGCUGAGAACUCUUCAGGCAGCACUUUGUGCCCAGCUGUGCCCUGGUGCUCCCCAUGCAGUGCCCAAGUCAAAGGCGUGUGCCCUGUGAGGUGUUUACCCCGGUUGACUCACCUUGUAGAAGGACUUAAUGUUUCCCACUCCACUCGGGGCUGGAGAGGGCUCCGUCCGGGUGGUGCUGACGGUGCAGGCCUGGCCCAGGGCCCAGGGGUGGCCAGGAGGUGGUGGAGGCAGCAGGCGGUGUCGUUCGGGUUCCGUGGUUGAACUGCAUCGCCCGAGGGAACGCUGGUCAGAGCGCCGGGGUCCUCUGGUGGUCGCUGGAUGUUGGUAGUUGUGGGUAAGAGCUCUGUGCCGGGAGUGUCUGGACCCCCAGGUCCUCCGUUGUCAGCUGCAGUGGCCGGAGCCCACUGCUCUCCCCCGCACUGGGUCGUGGUAACCCACAACGUGCCACCUGCGUCACUGACCGUCGUUUCCAGAAGCCCCUCCGGCCACACAUUCCAUGUGGUAUCUCCCACGAGGAAAUGUUCGUUUUUUUCCCUGUGAAGCCAGAAAUUUCUUGGUGGCUCUUUGCCGAGCCAAACGUUACCCUUGAGUUGUCUCUCUGGGUGGCCCCAGGUGGUACCAGUUCUCACGGGUGUUGAAGGAGAGUGAGGAUGGCCCUGAGGGAAGCCCAGUUGGUUUGGUUGGGGAGGCGUUGGGGCUUUGGCCCUGAGAGAGGUGUGGGCGGUGUUGGGACCAGGCCCCUUCUGCACCCUCCCCUGGCACCGCCAUUAACUCUCCAGGCCUGGUGUGGCCCAAGCCACCCUGCCCACCCAUGCUACCCUACCCACAUGUGCCACCUUGACCUGCUUGUGCCAUCCUGCCCGCCUGUGCCACCCUGCCCACCCGUGCCACCCUGCCCACCCGUGCCACCCUGCCCACCCGUGCCACCCUGCCCUGCCGCCCGUGUCACCCUGCCCGUCCGUGCCACUCUGCUAUGCCGCCCGUGUCACCCUGCCCUCCCGUGCCACUCUUCCCUGCCGCCCGUAUCACCGUGCCCUCCCGUGCCACCCUGACCUGCCGCCCGUCUGUGGUGUGGGGGCUCCUGGGCUGCCCUGUCUGCGUGGCUGGCAGGAGCCUCAGAGGCAUCCGAGGCUGUCUCUCCAGUGGUGUCGUGUGUAGAAUGUGUUGGGACGGGGAGGAAGGUGUAGCCCUGAUACCCCACACGUGGUAGGAGCCAGGAAGGUGGUGUUCUGGGGGUUCCUGGAGCUCACAGGUUGUGUGCGUGUGCUCGCUGAACAAACAGGGAAACGUGCGGCUCCACGGAUGUCCUGGAGAGGAAUCUUGCUGGCAAAUCCGUGCCUUUGAUGGCAGCCCCUGCGCUGUGUCCUCUGAGCUGUGAUGCGGCCCUGUAGGCCCCGUGGAGUGCGGUGGCUCCCUGGCUCACAGGGAUGCUGCCAUCCAAGGUGCCAUAUCGGCUCGUGGAUGACUUGGGCAGUGUCUGUCUGGGGUGCUGUCGUCGGAGGAGCUGUUUCAACCUGUGGGUGACGGGCCAUGUCUGUCUGGGGGAGGUUCUGUUGGCCCCGUGCUCUCAGCCCAGUGGCUCCAUGCUGCUGUGCGGCUCCCUCUUGGGGGCCUGCCUUCUCUGCCAUUGCAGGGCAGGGCCUCAGUUUCCUCUGGGCGGCAGGCAGCUGUAUCUCAGGACUGGAAGGCUCCGGGUCAGGCUGUGCACAGCCUUUGUUCAUGUCAGCCCCUGGCUGGGCAGCACCGCCAGGCCCUACUCUUUGGGCCUCCAGGCCUGGACAGCCAGAGGGGGCAUCUUACCAAUGCCCAGAUGGCUGCCGGGGACUCACGGCAGGGCAGCUUUGUCACGAGAGGGCCACUCGAGCCCGGAGUAAUCAGGGCUUAUGGGGACAGGGCAGGGUGAGGGCCGGUGAGACUGUCCAGCCUUAGGGUGCCCUUCUGGUGGUCGGGGAGCCCUUCCUGGGCAGCGGCUUUAGGGGCUGCUGUGGGGAGGGGGAAGAAGGUGGGGUUGGUGAGGAGGGGCUUUUGGGACACUGUCCUGGUGGAGGCCAUGAGGGAGGGGAGCGGACCGGUUGGCCCAGCAGGGCUGGCCGGUGGAGGGACGUGGAGGGUUGGUAGCUGCCGAGCCUGGGUCUGAGCAGGCGGGGAUGGGGACCAGGUGCUGAGGCUGGGGAAGGAACGGGGGUAGCUGCUUGGUCCUGGCGCAUCUUGGUGUCCCCUGGGACUUCCUGGAACCCCCCCCCCCCCCAGUACCCAGAGACCCGCUGUGGCUGUCUGGAUCGGGGCAGGUCCCACCCCGUGGUGGCCCCCCAGUGUGCCCGGGCAACCCCGGUCCCUCUCCAGACCAGAAUGGACCGAUGCCCAGUACACACGUGGAUCAGGGCCAAGUGGGCAGGCGUGGCCAACAGGAGGGAGGAUCCGGCAAGCAGAUGGUGAUGUGCAUCCAGAGACAGGGCGUUGACAUGUGGCCAGGAGGCUCUGGGGUCAUCGGGUCGCCACCGUGCAGCCCCCUGGGACUUGAUACCUCCAGAGAACCUGGGGGCUGCUGCCCCUCACCUCACCCCCAUUUACUUUAAAAUCAGUUUUUGUUUUAGAGCAGUCUUAGAUUUACAGGAAAAUAGGAAGCACAAGCUUCCACGUGCUCUACACUCACUUCCCUUGUGGGUCCGUUGAGUGCUUUCUUACAACAUGAGGUUAAGCGUCUGCAGGGUGAGAACCUGGAGACUGUCCUCGUGUCGCUGGGCUGAGAGCCGUGUGCGGCUGUGAGUUUUUGAUGAGGAAAAGCAGUGUGGGUCCUGGAUUUGGACAGCACAGGCCCCUCUGGGAGCCGUGUGCCUUCACCUCGGAGUGUGUGGGGGAGGUACAGAGCUGGAGCCCUUGACCCUGACCGGCCAGCCAGGAAGGCCAUAGGAGGCCAGCUCCCUGGUGUGAGGUGCGCAGGGCCUCUGGCAUUGCCCUAGGUGAGGGCUCCAGGACUCGGACGCUGGCUCUCAAUGGGGCAGGUGUGGCCCGGCAGGGGGCGCUUUGUGGGUGCACAGUGGCCCCAGCGUGGUGCAGAUGGUGGGCAGACCUACCCCAGGGCUGUUUCUGAGACAGAGGUCCCUGGAGGAGAACCAGGUGCUGGGCCUCAGGUGUCUGUCCUGAACUGGAGCAGCCUUGGAACAAGGAACCGCAGGAAGUCCCUGUGGCAUGGGGUGCAGCACCUCAGGUCUGGCAGGGCUAGCCCAGGGAGUGCAGGGCCCCAGGAGCCUUGCCGCAGGUUCCUCAGCUCGGGAGCUCAUGGCCUCCUCACUGCAGGGUCCUUUCAGGAGGGCCAGCGUGGCCUUCACACAUCUGCUUCCUCCUCAGAGCCACAGGUGUGGGCACGUACUGGCUAGUAUAGAUAAGCAUUGAGCGGCAUUGAUGGGUAUCGAUGAGCCUCCAGGAGCAGCGGCUGGUGCCAUGCUGCUGUGGGCAGUAUUGAGUAUUGGCCGGUCUUGACGAGCAGCAGCCGGUACUGGGCCACCGUGGGUAGCAUCGAUGAGUAUUGACUGGUAUCAGUGAGUAUCAGCCGGUAUCAAUGAGUAUUGGCCCGUAUCAAUGAGUUUGGCCAGUAUUGAUGAGUAUUGGCUGGCAUUGAUGAGUAUUGGCUGGCAUUGAUGAGUAUCGGCUGGCAUUGAUGAGUAUCGGCUGGCAUUGAUGAGUAUCGGCUGGCGUUGAUGAGUUUGGCUGGGCGUGGGUGGCGCGGUACCUUGCCCCCUGGCCAGGCUGGCUCGUGGGUGAAAUGUGACAUUCAGGCGGUUUUCUCCUGUCCUUUUAGUUUGUUUUUAUGCGGUAUCCGGGUACCACGGGGAGAUCUGGCAUCCAGGGCAGGAGGCUGCAGCGCAGGUCAUGGGGGCCCAGGCGCAGGCGAUGGGGAUCCCGCUCCACAGUGUUGCUCUUGGGCCCUCCGUCGGGGAGCCCCACACAGCACCUGCCAUGAGGAGUGGUGUUGGGGACCCUGGAUGGGAGGUGCAUGUGUGGGGCUGCACCCCAGCCCCUGUGAUGGUGUCUCUGGAAGCUGGAGAUGGUCGGCAUGUAUGCUUGAAUCCUGCAGAGGGAAUUAAGGGUUGGAGAUUUGUCUGCGAGGCCUCUGGCAGGGGCGGCCUCACAGCACACUACCAGGGUCCUAGGCUUGGCUGAGUGGCCCCUUCUGGCCUGGCAGGCAGUCAUCUCAGCCCACACCUGCCACGCUGCUGGGCUGGUGGUGGCCGGCUCCUGUCCUGGUCAGCCUGAUGUCAGCUGCACGUUGGGGUCAGCCUCGGUGCUGUGUCUUCAUGCCAGAGCAGGGGCCAGAUGUGGGCAGCUCAGUGACACCCUCCCGAGGGCUGGGCGAUCAUGUGCUCUCCCAGCACCCUCUACUUUGCAGGGCUGCGUCCCUGGAAGGCUUGGCCGUCUCAGGUGCCCCCUGCCCCUGUGCAUUCAGCCAUUGGGGUUUGUGCCCUCGGCUUCCCGCCAGGCCCUGGCCGUAGCGGUCAGGAAGAGCUGAGCAGUGAUUUUGGGAGAAUCGAGGGGAGCGUCGCCAGGAUGCACCGAGGGUCGGAGGUGGAGCCGGCGCGGCUCAGGGCAGGCAGUGCCAGGCUGGAUGCUGGAAAGCCAGCAGCACCUCUCCCGGUGGCUCCUGGGAAGUUCCACGUCCUUGCCUGGUCACAGAGGCCCGGGAAUCAGUGACAUGAGAUAGAAGCUUCCAGAACAGGAGGCAGAGCCUUUCCGCAGUUUCCCUGCCCACAGCACACACCCUGUGCCCUCCGCCCCCUGGUUCUUGGACACUGGGGGACAUCUGGGUGCGGCUAGAGCCUGUGGGGGUGGCCGCAGCCCUGGGGGACUGUUCCCAGGAGUAGGCCUCGGGGCCACAGGGGCGCGGCCUCGGGCCUGGCACUGCGACCUCAGGGUGAGCGCCCUUCGUGUGUGCGGCAGGAGCUGGGGCCCCUGGCUGGCAGCAGGCCCCCGAGUCCAGUAAGACUUUGACCCCGACGCAGGCUUCAGUGAUUGCCGCGGAUCAGAAGCCUGAGCACUUUGGCUCGAGACAAUUAAGGACGUGGGAUGAGGCUCCGAGACAGGACGCGGUUCUGCCUGGGGAUCCUGAAGAUAAAAAGCUUUGAAAAGUCGAAUUCAUGGUCGUGGAAGCUGAGCCCAUAUUAAGAGAUGUCAGGCGUCCGACCUCCGAUCAUGAACGGGCCCCUGCACCCGCGGCCCCUGGUGGCAUUGCUGGAUGGCCGGGACUGCACAGUGGAGAUGCCCAUCCUGAAGGACGUGGCCACUGUGGCCUUCUGCGACGCGCAGUCCACGCAGGAGAUCCAUGAGAAGGUCCUGAACGAGGCUGUGGGGGCCCUGAUGUACCACACCAUCACGCUCACCAGGGAGGACCUGGAGAAGUUCAAAGCCCUCCGCAUCAUCGUCCGGAUUGGCAGUGGUUUUGACAACAUCGACAUCAAGUCGGCCGGGGAUUUAGGCAUCGCCGUCUGCAACGUGCCUGCGGCAUCUGUGGAGGAGACGGCCGACUCGACGCUGUGCCACAUCCUGAACCUGUACCGGCGGGCCACCUGGCUGCACCAGGCGCUGCGGGAGGGCACACGAGUCCAGAGCGUCGAGCAGAUCCGCGAGGUGGCGUCCGGCGCCGCCAGGAUCCGCGGGGAGACCUUGGGCAUCAUCGGACUUGGUCGCGUGGGGCAGGCGGUGGCGCUGCGGGCCAAGGCCUUCGGCUUCAACGUGCUCUUCUACGACCCUUACUUGUCGGACGGUGUGGAGCGGGCGCUGGGGCUGCAGCGUGUCAGCACCCUGCAGGACCUGCUCUUCCACAGCGACUGCGUGACCCUGCACUGCGGCCUCAACGAGCACAACCACCACCUUAUCAACGACUUCACCGUCAAGCAGAUGAGACAAGGGGCCUUCCUGGUGAACACAGCCCGGGGCGGUCUGGUGGACGAGAAGGCACUGGCCCAGGCCCUGAAGGAGGGCCGGAUCCGCGGCGCGGCCCUGGAUGUGCACGAGUCGGAACCCUUCAGCUUUAGCCAGGGCCCCCUGAAGGAUGCACCCAACCUCAUCUGCACCCCCCAUGCUGCAUGGUACAGCGAGCAGGCAUCCAUCGAGAUGCGAGAGGAGGCGGCACGGGAGAUCCGCAGAGCCAUCACAGGCCGGAUCCCAGACAGCCUGAAGAACUGUGUCAACAAGGACCAUCUGACAGCCGCCACCCACUGGGCCAGCAUGGACCCCGCCGUCGUGCACCCUGAGCUCAAUGGGGCUGCAUAUAGCAGGUACCCUCCGGGCGUGGUGGGCGUGGCCCCCACUGGCAUCCCAGCUGCUGUGGAAGGUAUCGUCCCCAGUGCCAUGUCCCUGUCCCACGGCCUGCCCCCUGUGGCCCACCCGCCCCACGCCCCUUCUCCUGGCCAAACCGUCAAGCCCGAGGCGGAUAGAGACCACGCCAGUGACCAGUUGUAGCCCAGGAGGAGCUCUCCAGCCUCGGCGCCUGGGCGGAGGGCCCGGAAACCCUCAGACCAGAGUGUGUGGAGGAGGCACCUGUGUGGCGGCCCUGGCACUGCAGAGACUGGUCCGGGCUGUCAGGAGGCGGGAGGGGGCAGCGCUGGGCCUCGUGUCGCUUGUCGUCCGUCCUGUGGGCGCUCUGCCCUGUGUCCUUCGCGUUCCUCGUUAAGCAGAAGAAGUCAGUAGUUAUUCUCCCAUGAACGUUCUUGUCUGUGUACAGUUUUUAGAACAUUACAAAGGAUCUGUUUGCUUAGCUGUCAACAAAAAGAAAACCUGAAGGAGCAUUCGGAAGUCAAUUUGAGGUUUUGUUUUUUUUUUGUUUUGUUUUUGUAUGUUGGAACGUGCCCCAGAAUGAGGCAGUUGGCAAACUUCUCAGGACAAUGAAUCCUUCCCGUUUUUCUUUUUAUGCCACACAGUGCAUUGUUUUUUCUACCUGCUUGUCUUAUUUUUAGAAUAAUUUAGAAAAACAAAACAAAGGCUGUUUUUCCUAAUUUUGGCAUGAACCCCCCCUUGUUCCAAAUGAAGACGGCAUCACGAAGCAGCUCCAAAAGGAAAAGCUUGGGCGGUGCCCAGCGUGCCCGCUGCCCAUCGACGUCUGUCCUGGGGACGUGGAGGGUGGCAGCGUCCCCGCCUGCACCAGUGCCGUCCUGCUGAUGUGGUAGGCUAGCAAUAUUUUGGUUAAAAUCAUGUUUGUGACUGUAACCAUUUGUAUGAAUUAUUUUAAAGAAAUAAAAAUCCUGGAAAGA